AAGUAAAAUAUCAUCAUGCAGGAUCUGGCCAGCCGGUCAAACCCGUUAAUCGAGCAACCUCAUCCGUGUACUACCGUUUCCGUGUGAGGGAUCUAUUCAGGGGGUUCAGUCGGUUAACUGUGUUAUCAGUAUGAGAGCUGUGUCGUUAAAGCGGCCGCUCCUCAUUUUUGGGGGGAUUGGGCUCCUCUUGUACAUUGGCAUGUUUCUAAAGAGUGGGUAUGAUGAGCGCACGGCGGGGGCUGACACCGUGGACGCGCCGCGGAUGGUCAGGAGCUUCUCUGACCUGGAGGAAAGCAUCAGCAAUCUCCACAAAGUGCUCAGAGCUUUCGAGCAAAAGCAGGAUAUCAUGCAGAAACUGCUCGAAGAAGACAGAGGCAUACGGAAAAAAGCCGCAGAGGUCGAACAGGAACCAGUCAAAAAGCAGCCGGAGCCGAAAGAGCAACCUGAAGCAAAGAUCCAGGAACCAAAGGAGGCCCCCAAAGAGAAAAAGACCAACAAAGUGUUCCCCUCCUCUGCUCUGUUCAAGGAGUGGGGAGAGAAUCUUUCUGAGGUCGACCAAAGAGAGGCAGAGGGGAUGUUUCAAAAGUAUGGAUACAACGUUUUUCUCAGCGAUCGUCUCCCUCUGGAUCGAGCUCUUCCAGAUACAAGAGAUUCAAGGUGUGCAAACAAGACUUACCCAAAGGACCUGCCAAAUGUCGGAGUGGUGCUGAUCUACCUGAACGAGGCCCUGUCUAUCCUCAAAAGAGCCCUGCGCAGCAUCAUUGACCGCACCCCCAAAAACCUGCUGAAGGAGAUAAUAAUGGUGGACGACAAUAGCUCUAAUGAGGACCUGAAGGAGGACCUUGACAAUUACGUGAAGUCACUCGAGAAGCAGAACCCGGGUCUCCGUAUUACAAGAGUGAGGCACACUGAGCAGAAAGGCCUCGCUCACGCCAGGGCUUCUGGGUGGAGGGCUGCCACUGCAGACGUGGUGGCCAUCCUGGAUGCACACAUCGAGGUCCAUGAGAUGUGGGCUGAACCCUUGCUGACACAGAUCAAAGGUGACCGAACAGUGGUGGUGUCCCCUGUGUUCGACAGAGUCAACUUUGAUGACCUCAAGGUUAUUCAGUACCUUCCAGCAGCACACGCCUUCGACUGGGCUUUGUGGUGCAUGUAUGAAGGUUUUACGCCUGAGUAUUACAAACUCAAUGACGGCUCAUUGCCUGGAAAGAGUCCAUCCGUUAUGGGGAUCUUUGUCGCCGACAGGACGUUUCUUGGAGAAAUUGGAGUCCUUGAUGAAGGAAUGAAAGUGUACGGCGGAGAAAAUGUUGAGCUGGGAAUUCGUGUGUGGACGUGUGGAGGCAGUGUUGAAGUGGUUCCAUGCUCCAAGGUCGCCCACAUCGAGAGGUACCACAAGCCCUACCUGCCUGACCUCAGCCCCGCCAUGAAGAGAAACGCCCUGAGGGUAGCAGAAGUCUGGAUGGACGAAUACAAACACAACAUCAACUUAGCUUGGAACAUACCAUUUGAGAACCACGGCAUUGACAUCGGGGAUAUCACUGAGAGGAAAAAACUCAGAGAGAGGCUGAACUGUAAACCUUUCAAAUGGUACCUGGAUAACGUGUAUCCCAAGCUGGAUCCCUGGGACAACCUACUUGGCUUUGGAGGAAUGAAGAAUCUUGAUGCCGACAUGUGCAUAGACCAAGGCCCGGUGCCAGGUCACACACCCAUCGCCUAUGGCUGCUAUUACUAUGGACCUCAAUAUACUUAUUAUCGUGAAAAUGGCGAGCUCUACAUCGGCGGCAUCAAGUCCCACAAGUACAAUGACAACCGGUGUCUAACUGACGUUGGCCAAAAAGAAUCUGUGCCUGGGCUAUACAACUGCAAAGAAGCCAUGCAGAAGGGAAUGGGGAUUUACUGGGACUUCACUCAGGGCAAAGAGCUGAAGAACAAACAGACAAAAAGAUGUCUGGAGAUUAUAAAAAGCACACUUCUAAUACAAGAAUGCACUGGCCAAAGAUGGGAAAUCCAAAACAUAAUCAAAGCCUUUUAAAGUGUGUGCGUGGCCAACAAGAAAUGCACUUCUCAGCUCGUAGGUCAGUGGAUAAUAACACCUGAAUGUGUGAAAUGUAAAAGAAAGUCAAUGAAAUUUGACUGCCGAUCUGACUUCUGUAAUUAUUGAAAUAUAUCUGGGAUGUAAAAAGUUGUUUAUAGAUCUUGUGAAAUGUAUUGACUCUUCCCUAUAAAAACAUCUUAUGAAUGGACAUUUCAUAUAAGUAAUUCUUAUUUUUACUAUUUAUUCAUCUUCCUUCUUUGUGCAUCAGCUGUUUAGGCCAGGUUAUUUUGAUUAACGUUAAAGGACCAGUGUGUGAGACUUAGUGGCAUCUAGCAGUGACGCUGCAGAUAAACCGAGCACCACUUGUGACUAUCUACAGCCAGUGUUUGUCCAUUCUGGGCUACUGUAGAAAUAUGUCGGUUCAACAUGCCAGACUCCACGAAAGGCAACACGCGGCGGCUGUAGAUAAAAAAGGCUCAUUCUGAGGUAACAAAAACACAACGAUUCCUUUAUUCAAGUGAUUUAAACACUAAAGAAAACAUACCUAUGAAUAUUAUAUUCCAUUUGCCGAUAGAUCCUCCUAAAUGUAACAAACUGGACCUUUUAACUAUACUAACCUGAAGUGUGGGAAUUGCUCAAGUGGACUUCCAAUUUCCAAUUUACAAGAGAACAAUUGAGCAAAUUUCAUAUUAUUUGGUUCUAUUUCUUUCAUGUUUUAAGGUCCAAAUGUAUAACUGAUUAAAUUCUUCUGACUGUCGUAUCCACUGUGCUGAUCAGAUUAAAUGCAUUAAAGGGAAGCUGUCAAGGUUAUUUGAUCGUCUAACACUUUGGGAAUAACAAUCAGAUCAGUGGAUUUUACUAAAACCAGGAGUCUGCUUCUCUUACAUCAUUUAAUGAAUCCAUUCUCUCACAAGCGUUUAUCCUGCAAACUCGGUUGGUCUGACUUGUCAGGCUUUGUUUCCUUUGAUACAAACUGACAACAAACAAAAAGAAGUUUAGUGGAGUUAAUGCUGUAAUGAGCAUUAACUCUGGUUGGUAAUAUGCAAGCUGUUUGCCUUUAUGUGUAUAUUUAUAGGUAUUGUAUGGAAGAGAGCAUUACUGACACAGCAUUUGACCUCAGGCUGCUUAUAAAGGACAUAACCCACUACCUCUACUCAGACACUAAUGCACAUGUUUGGAUUUUCCUCACGUUAAAACCUGGGGCUUAACAAAAGUUACGUGUUUAAGCUAUGCCUUGCUUAAAUUAGGUCUUGGCUGUACUGAAUUUGAAGAAAAACAAUAACUAAUAUUUUACUGUGCAUCAUCAAAAAACAUCACGAAAGUGGCCUCCACCCAGAGAAAGGUGGUAAGGUAAAGGUGAAGGAUGAGUGAAUGAAGUAAAUACAAAUGAAGGUAUAGAAACAGUGGCUUAAGAAAACAAUGAGUUGAUAGAUGAGUAAAUGACAGGAUGAGUGCAGGUCACACAGAACUUGAUAAUCAGGUCACCUUCUACAAAGACUUCCUUUAAGAACGACAGUUUCCACAGGUUUAAAUCUGUACUGUUAAAACAACCCACAAUUGUACUUGAGGCAGGGCGGUGUCUUCUGUUUGGACAGUUAUUACUGGCUGGGUGUUUUACCUGUGUCCUAGUAUCCGUGGCAAACAUAGGUCCCCUUUAUGCAGAAUGGUUGUAGGUACUGAGUUCAUUUUUAUAUAAAGGAUCUUGGUGUUUUCUAAAGGCUUGUUGAACUAUAGAAUCAUUUAUACAUUUUUUUUGUGUGGUGUCAAGGAAAGGGACAGCCAUAUUUGGGAUUUGGUUCAUAGAUUUACAGACAAUGGGGGGAUUGGUAGUUAGGAGUGUUUUUACUUACAGCAUACCUCAGGAUAAUAUAUGUUUUGUUGAGACCAAGGCCUGUGUUUGAAAUAUUUUCAUAUAUUGAAUUUUUAAUAUAUAUAUGUGGAUUUGGAAAUAAAAUUGAUUUGUAAAAGUGA